AUGGCGGAGAAACAACGACGCAGGUAUUCGAUUGUAAAUACUACUGAGUAUCAGGAGAUCCUAGAGGUCUAUACAGCUUCGUUCGCCUUCUUUGAGGCGCUCUGGGAGGCCGGCAUAACGCAUGUCUUCGCAAACCUGGGAUCUGACCACCCAUCGAUCCUCGAGGCGAUGGUGAAGGGCCAGAAUGAGCGCAAGGACCAGUUCCCUAAAAUCAUCACUUGUCCAAAUGAGAUGGUCGCUCUCUCCAUGGCCGAUGGCUACGCCCGUCUUACGGGAAAACCCCAGUGCGUGAUCGUCCAUGUCGAUGUAGGAACACAGGGUCUCGCUGCCGCAGUUCACAAUGCCUCGAUGGGCCGCGCACCAGUCUUGAUCUUUGCCGGCUUGUCCCCGUUCACUAUUGAAGGGGAAAUGCGGGGCUCCCGCACGGAAUACAUCCACUGGAUCCAAGAUGUCCGCGAUCAGAAACAGAUUGUGGCGCAAUACUGUCGCUAUACGGGAGAGAUCAAGACGGGCAAGAAUGUCAAGCAGAUGGUCAAUCGUGCCUUGCAGUUUGCGACGAGUGACCCCCAGGGGCCCGUAUACUUGGUGGGCGCCCGAGAGGUAAUGGAGGAGGAUAUUGAGCCUUACACGAUUGACCGGACUGUAUGGGGACCUGUUGGUCCGUCUGCACUUCCACCUCAGGGGGUCGAGCAGAUUGCACGUGAACUCGUUGCCGCGAAGGAACCGUUGGCCAUCGUCGGUUAUACGGGUCGAUCCAGCAGCGCUGUGAAGGAGUUGGUCACCCUCACUAACACAGUCAGGGGCCUUCGUGUCCUCGACACCGGUGGAAGCGACAUGUGCUUCCCAGCAGAUCACCCUGCAUCUCUGGGGUUGCGCUAUGGUAUCCACGAUGCCAUCAAGACUGCCGACUUCAUUCUUGUUGUCGACUGUGAUGUGCCAUGGAUCCCAACCCUGUGCAAGCCAAAGGACAGCGCCAAGAUAAUUCACAUUGAUGUGGAUCCUUUGAAGCAGAUGAUGCCCGUCUUUUAUAUUCCCGCCAUAGCCACCUUCAAGGCGGACUCGACGGUAGCGUUUAAGCAGCUCCACGAGUAUAUUUCUUCCCAUCCGACUUUGUCACAGGCGGUCAGUAGCGCCGAAUUUGCCUCGCGCGGACAACGUCUGGAGGAAGAGCACCGACAACGGCAGCAAGAGAUUGCUGCGUUGGCUGCUGUGCCGUCGGGCGGCGACUACGCAUCUAUAAAUGUGUCAUAUGUGACCUCGCAGCUCCGCCAGGCGUGUCCUGCGGAUACUAUCUGGGCCAUCGAAGCUGUAACCCUAACCGCAUUUGUCUCUGACCAGAUUGGUGCUACCAUCCCUAAUUCCUUCAUCAACUGCGGAGGUGGUGGUCUUGGUUGGUCCGGCGGUGGUGCACUGGGCAUCAAGCUGGCCACUGAUGAACAGCAUGGCGGUAACAACAAGGGGAAGUUUGUGUGCCAGAUUGUUGGAGACGGCACCUACCUCUUCUCUGUGCCCGGAUCUGUCUACUGGAUUUCCAGACGCUAUAACAUUCCCAUCCUGACCAUCGUGCUGAACAACAAGGGCUGGAACGCUCCCCGGAAGAGUAUGCUGCUCGUCCACCCCGACGGCGAUGCGUCGCGGGCCACCAACGAGGAGCUCAACAUCUCCUUCGCCCCGACGCCAGACUAUGCCGGUAUUGCCAAGGCGGCGGCUGGUGGAGAGAUCUGGGCCGGCCGGGCGAGUACGGUCAAGACUCUGGCGGAACUGCUGCCCCAGGCCAUUGAGAGCGUCCGCCAGGGGACGAGUGCUGUGUUGGAAGCGCAGCUCGAUGGUACAGAUGGUAAAUACGUUGAGAAGCUCCCUAAGCGGCCCCGUAGCCCAUAGAGAUGCAGAUGAUGACUUGUCAUGCUCCGCAGACUUGUCAACUAUAGGUACAUAUAUAUAUAACUUCCAUUAUAUACGUCGACGGUGUAAUCCCAUAGUGUAACUAACCAUGUCACCCAAUGGAACAAUGGAACAAUGGAACACGGAGAAUGAUCAUUACAUGCCAAUGCAACAAUGAUCACUUGUGACCCUCUAUUAAUAUUACCCUACUCCCUCCUCGUAUCUCUC